UAUCAAUAAGGUUCGGUUAGCCAAGGUGGAGGAUGGGAGGAGAAUGGAACUGUCCCAGCUCCUCAAUGAGAGCAGGGCAAAGUAUGAAACGCUCAUCACCAGAAAUCAGAUAAAGACCAUCAUCUCAGCAAGGACCCAGCGAGACGAAGCUACAAUUAUAAGAAUGGACAAAGAUGCAGAAGCAUUAAAGGCAGCCAGAGCAGAACUCUGCGAAGCGAGACGGCAGUGGCACCAUAUGCAGAUCGAAAUUGAAUCUCUCCAUGCUGUGGAGAAGGGUUUGGAACGUUCAUUGCGUGCCACAGAGCAGCAGUACCACAUGCAACUGCAAAAUUUAGAAGCUGAGAUUGAAUGCUUAGAGAAAGAGCUACUGGAAGUGAGAAGAGGUAUUGAGAAACAGCUUCAAGAGCAUGAAAUUCUCCUGAACACGAGGAUGAAACUGGAGGAGGAGAUAGCAACAUAUCGCAGUCUGCUUGAGCAAGAAGAGAACAGGUUUCGUUGCUCUGUACCUGAUCAGAAGGACGACAAAAAGCCUACCACUAGCAAGACUGCCUUUACACUGCCUUCGAAUGGUGUGAAGAAGCAUGAAACUGAGAAGGUGGAACUGAUGACAAAACAAGCAGUCCUAGAUGGAAAUAUUAUGAAGGAAAGUGCUGAAGCUCAUGGCACUGUACAGACAGAAAAAGUGGAUGAAGUUAUUAAAGAAUGGGAAGGUUCCUUCUUUAAGGACAACCCUCGCUUAAGGAAAAAAUCAGUUUCAUUGCGCUUUGAUCUCCACCUAGCAGCAACGGACGAAGUAUGUUUACACACUAAAAAGAAAACUCUUCCCGACAUUGAAGUCAGGCUGGUAAUGAGGAGAUCUUGCAGUAUUCCUUCUAUCAAACCUUAACCUACAGCAAAUUAACCCAAAGCUCAUCUCCAACGGGCUCUGGAAAUAAACUGUAGAUGGACUUACAUGGCCUGCUAUCUUGCUACAACUAUGAAAUCUUACUAAGUACUUUGAUUAAUACAAUAAAAACAUACAAGUCUUUUAAAAGAAAGGGAGAAGAGCAAGGGAGUUAAGAUUCCAAGAAACCUAACUUCUACUAGUUUUAUACUCUGGGUGCAGCCCUUUAAUUUUCUCAUUAUUGUUGUUUUGUAGAAUUUCACCAAAUAGUACAAAAAUUAAACUAUAACUUUAUACUUUGACAUAUUCUGCCUUUGUAAAAGAGAACUUGUUUUCUCUUUCUGGAAAUGAGAAAUGCAUAUUUCAUUCUCCUAAUCAUUCAAUAUUGCAUCCACAUGACUGAUGAAUCCUUGUAAUAAUUUAUAUCACAACUGUCAUACUUCUUGAAAUGUAUUUUAAAAUAAUACUUUCUAACAGCAAAAAUUACAUACAAAGAUGCUCUUAAAAUACAUAAACUACUAAUGAAGAAUUUUCUUUUAAAAGUGGCUGGUAUUUUUAAAUUAUUUUUUUUAGGCAACAACUGAGCAAAAAUGUUUUUCCCUUACAUAAUUAUACAAACAUUUUUUAAAGUGUUGUUACAAACCAAUAAUAUUUUAGCCAUAUUGUUCCACUGAUUUUGAAACAGUAAUUUCCAUUGAAAAUCAAUCAUUCUCUUAUUUGGCCACACAUAUCUCUACUACAACUUUCUUAGUCAUAGCAAGUAAAAUUAUACCCUUUAAUUGUUCAAAUGUAAGGAGUCAGUCAACCAUUUUAAUGCUGGUAUUUAAUUAAUUUUGUGUAUUAUAACAAUGUGAAUUAAAAUAUUGUCAACAAAUUCCUCUUCUGAUGAAUCUUAUAGGUAAGUCAUGCUCUUGAUCUAGUACAUAUAACAAGUCACUAUUACACCAGGGUACAACUAUCAUAGCUUCAAAUUAAAUGGACAAAAUAAGGGCUACCUAUUCAAAGUAAAAUUCUACCAUACCCAUUCAGUAUUCUCUACUACUACUCAAAGUAGCUAUGGGCAAAUACAAAGUACAGGAGAUGAUCUUGCAUCUGUACACAGAAAAAAACAAACUCAGACACACUUCUUUAUAACAUUAUGAGACAAAUUUCAAACAAAAAUUCAAACAAAAUUGUAUUAAGAUGAGAAUGAAUGUUUAUGAGGAUUGUUAAGAGGCAUGGAUGUCACAAACUCUCACCAAAAUCACUGGGAUUGCAGGGGCUCAGGAUCUAGCAAAAUCACAUACCAUAUUUGCUGGAUUCACAGCAGCAUGUAAAAGAUUAAUUUAAGUGUCAGUAUUUGCCUUAUUACUUACGGCAUGUGUUACAAAAACUGAUACCACAAAUUCUUUCAGUGUUAAGUUAUGCUUCUAUCUUUUGUUAAUGGUAAGAACAAUGCAUUUAUAUUGCCCACAGUUCUGUAUCUACUGUAUGAAGCUGGCUAAUUAUCAUUAACCUUAAUACUGAUCUGGUGUUGUUAAUACUUGAGUAUUUGGCAUCCUGAAUGUAUUAGCCUGCUCUAGUAUUUUUACUAUGCAGCAUUUUUUGUGCUUAUUCUCUGUACAUUUUACAAUACUUGAAUUUAAACUAAGUUUUAAUUGCUUUAAGGCACUUUAAACAGGGAUACAAAUUUACCAAAGUAAAUGAUAGUACUACAAUAAAAAA